AUGAACGUGAAGGAGGGCUCGUUUCUGUGGCACCUCUACCUGGACAAAGUCUACUGCUUGCUAUCCGUGAGAAAUGCCAAGGCCUUGCUGGACUAUUUCAACCUUCUCGAUGUGCACCACAACAACACCCUCAACGACGUGCUGUUCUUUCACUUCCUCCACCACGUGACGAACCUGACCAGGUCACAGAUCAUGAAGACAUUUGACAUGCUGGACUGGAACGCUUCGGGCGAGGUCAGCUUUGAGCAGUUCUACAUGUUGGUCUGUAUACUGCUGGCACAUCAGAACCAUUUGAAAGAGCAAUUUCUUUAUCGCCACUCCCGGCCGAUCUUCGAGCUGCUUGACCUGGAUGGGGACCUGAAACUUGGCCCACAAGACUUCCAGUUGUUCAGCUUUCUCUUUGACAUUAAAAAAAAAAAACUCAAGCAGCUCUAUGAAGAUUUUGACUUCACCGGUGACCAUCAUAUCAAUUACAAGGAGUUUAAGCUGUUUACUAUCUUCUCUGUUGACAAAUAUCACGAGAGGCAAAAAGCUGAGAAAGAGAAAGAGAGAGAGAAAGAGAGGAAGAAAGAGAGAGAGAAAGCGAGAGAGAAAGAGAAAGCGAGAGAGACAGCCAAAGCCAAAGAGAAGAAGUCUAAGCCCAAAAAGCAAACGCCUCAUGAAACCAAGCUUCCCCCAAAGGCUCCUCUUGGGAAAAAGGCACUGGGAAGUAACAAAUGA